ACGAUUCAUUCGUGUUUUCGUCGUCGUUCGGUUAAACACAUAGCAAAGAGGUGCGCCGUGAGAGUCAAAGCCACAGAUAAAAAAUUUUGUGCACGCGCAUUCUAAUAGUAAAAAAGAAUAACCUGUCAUUAUUUAAUCGCCUUCACGUGUAUUUUGCAACAGUGAAAUAAUAUACUAAGCAGUCUAAUUGUGGCAAGCAAGAGAAAUGCAAACGGCGUUACAUAAGCAAAUGUUCAGCAUUUGCAAAUGAAUAUUUACUAAGCAUUAAAUGAAAACGAAGCAGACGAAAAGGCGUCCGUCAAACUUCCCAGUUUUCGUCUGAAUAUUUCAUCAGCCAUAUACACAAUUUAUGUGCUAAGAGCUGCAGAGUAACUGUAUUGAGAAGCGAAAAUACUUGAACUGAACAACCCAGCAUUCAAUUAGUCAAAGAGAGAGGGAAAAUAUGUGCUCGGCAACAAAACAAAGGCAGAAAUGUUUAAGUAUACGAAGCAACAGCAACAGCAACAACAACAUUAGCAGCAGCAGCAACAGCACCAGCAGCAGACAAAAUAUAUCGGCGCUUAGCAACAAGACGAAUUCACUGCGAAUUGCGGCCAUGUGUAACGAGUUUCUCUGAUUCACCGUAGAUCAAAGACGCAGCUAUAGGCCAAAGAUUGUAAAUAAAAUACGUAGACACGUACACAUACCUAUAUAGAUACAUACAAAUAUAUAUAACGAGUAAAAGAGCAAGCUAAUUGCCUAAAAUAAUAAUAAUAACAGUACAACAAAGUCAAAUCGCGCAAUCGAAAAUGAACGCAAAUACAGCGCCCAGCAGCCCUGGCAAAUUCAAUGUGUUUGCCCACGUCAAAUACGAGCAUCUGGUUGCCGGCGUCUCGGGCGGCGUUGCAUCCACGCUCAUCCUGCACCCACUGGAUCUCAUUAAAAUACGCUUUGCUGUCAAUGACGGGCGCACAGCGGCAGUGCCCCAAUAUCGUGGAUUGGGCAGCGCAUUUACCACCAUCUUUCGCCAGGAGGGCUUCCGUGGACUCUACAAGGGCGUUACACCCAAUGUCUGGGGCUCCGGCUCCUCGUGGGGUCUGUACUUCAUGUUCUACAACACCAUCAAGACGUUUAUUCAGGGUGGCAAUACGACGAUGUCGCUAGGCCCCACAAUGCACAUGCUGGCAGCCGCCGAGUCGGGCGCCCUCACUUUGUUGCUUACAAAUCCCAUUUGGGUGGUGAAGACGCGUCUUUGUCUGCAAUACGAUGCGGCGGGCAGCGCUGAAUACCGAGGCAUGGUUCACGCUCUCGCAGAGAUCUACAGGACGGAGGGAAUACGCGGACUCUACCGGGGCUUUGUGCCCGGCAUGCUUGGCGUCUCGCAUGGUGCCAUUCAGUUCAUGACCUACGAGGAGAUGAAGAACGCAUAUAAUGAAUACCGCAAGCUGCCCAUCGACACGAAAUUGGCAACGAGUGAAUAUUUGGCAUUUGCGGCGAUGUCGAAGCUGAUUGCAGCAGCAGCCACAUAUCCAUAUCAGGUGGUUCGUGCCCGUCUACAAGAUCAUCACCAUCGUUAUAACGGCACCUGGGACUGCAUCAAACAGACUUGGAGGUUCGAGGGUGUGGUGGGCUUCUACAAGGGUUUGAAGGCGAGUCUGAUAAGGGUUGUGCCCGCCUGCAUGAUCACGUUCUUGGUUUAUGAGAACGUCUCGCAUUUCAUGCUGGCUCGAAGCAAACGCCUCCAGGAGAUUGACAAUAUCAAAAAAGAACCUGCUUAAGCUGUGCCUUUUUUAUACCUUUGUUUUAAUUUAGUACGAAAUCUUUCGAUACGUUGAUCGAUGGUCACAAUUAGUUGUUAAUUUGUUAAUAUUAUUUAUAGAUUGAUAUACCUUAAUUGUUAUUGAGUAGAGUCUGUGUGUAAACGAUAUUCCUACGCAAAAGCAUUAUAUAUAGGAAA